AGGGAAGCCUGGCCUGAGGAAGAAGCAGAAAGGAAUGGGGCCUCUCUGCUGGGUGGGGUCAGGUGAGCACACACCUGUGUGACCACGGGGCACGUGCUGACCUGCUGGGAGGACAGAAAGGGCCAACCCAGCCCGCGUAGGUGCGUGUCCCCCGCGAGUGCCCCACCGCGGCCUGCCCAGCCGGCUGCUUGACCUUCCGCCUAACCCUCCCGCCGCCUGUCUGUGCAACUGUCCUGUCCUUGGAGCAUUCUCCCAACUACCAUUCCUCCCCCGCCCGCUCCUCUGCUCCGUGCUUGCCCACCCGGCUCGACCUCCUCUGUCACAUCGCCCUCCUGGAGCCUGCCGUGCUGGAAACAGCCCGUGCACCUGUGAGCCAGAAAACCCCGAAGACAUUCCCACGGGGGGCCGAGUGGAAGGACAGACAGGGACCCCGGCUCUGGCGGGGGGGGGGGGGGGGACACGAGGCAGUCCCAAGGUGGGGUCCUGGGAACCAGCUUUCCUGGGACCACCCCUGGGCUCUCUCCUCCCCUUCCUCCCUCUGGCAUCGUGAGAUCUCAGAGCAGGCUUUCCCUUCCAGAACUGGGGCGGGGGGCUUGAUUAGGACCCGGGGUCAGCCAGGCGGGGACAGGGGCCGGGGAGACGGGAGGAGGGACGCCGCGGGGCCCCUGACCCCCACGCGGCCCGCAGGCGGAGGGCGAGGGCGACCCUGAGAGCGGGCGCCAGGCCCGCGGCGGAUCGAGGGGCGGCAGUGAGACUGGCCCCGCCCCGCGGACCCCGCGCGGGUCCCCAGACGGGGGGUGGCGCUGCGGGCGCGGGCGGGCGCCGCGCGCACUGCGGUCCCCGCGCCUCCGCCGCAGAGCGCGCCACGCUCGGCACGCACCUGCCGCCGCCGCCGCCGCCGCGCCGAGCCCCGCGCCCCCGUGAGCCGCCGCGGCCCCGCCAUCACCCGAGGUCGCCGCCGGAGCCGCCGGGCCAAGGCGCGGACACCGCAUCCGGGCCUGCCUUUGAGACAACCUCUGCGGCGGCGGCGCGCGGCCCGGCCGGGGACGCCAGGCUGGGGCAGCUCGGGCCCGGGCCAGGCCUCUUCUCCGCUCCCGCCGCCACCGAGCUCGCGGCCCGGGCCCUUCCGCAGCCAGGGCUCAGGCUAGCUGCCUUCCCUGGGCGCCCUGUCCUGGAGCCAUGGGGCCCACCUAGCCCCUGCCUGCCCGGAUGUCCCGGCCCGGGGACGGCUGAUCUCAGCUGCAGGGGGACCCCCCGCAACAGCCCCUCGCCAGCCUCAGCCGCCAGAGAGCCUGGGUGAGCCCCUGGGCCCGACCUCCAGCCCAGGGCAGCCUCCCACAUCCCGCUGCCCCUGUUCCUCUCCUCCUCCCCCACCCCUUCCUCCUCCUCCUCCUCGAACCAGACCUGAGAAGCCACUGUGGCCACUGGGGGGGGCCCUUCCCCCCAAGCUCUUGCCAGCCUCCCCCAGGAGUCCACAGGGAGGCCAGGGUCCCCACCAGGCCUGGCGGGACCAGGAUGCUGCCCCCUCUCCAUCCUCCCAGCCCCACCCAACUCCCCCACCCACUCGAACACCCAGUCUGACUGGAGACAGCCGGAUGCUGGCUGAGCCUGGGCCCGAGGCGGGCGGUGGCUGGCCAGGCUUCCUCAUGUCCUGCCUGAGGGGCCCCCACGCCAUCCUCAAGAUGGAGGCCAGGACGAUGGUCCACCCCGAGAAGCUCCCCGAGCUGCAGGCGGCCGCCCCCCGCUUCCCACCUGCGCCCCGGCCCACCCCUGCUCUGGCACCCAAGCGAGCCUGGCCCUCAGACACAGAGAUCAUCGUCAACCAGGCCUGUGGGGGGGACAUGCCUGCCUUGGAAGGGGCGCCCCGCACUCCGCCUCUGCCACGUCGGCCCCGCAAGGGCAGCGCGGAGCUGGGCUUCCCCCGAGUGGCGCCGGCGGACGAGGUCAUCGUGAAUCAGUAUGUGAUCCGGCCUGGCCCUGCGGUCUCAGGGGCCCCCGCGGCGGCGGCUGCAGGAGAGCCUCUGGAGUGCCCCACCUGCGGGCACACGUACAACGUCACGCAGCGGCGGCCACGCGUGCUGUCCUGCCUGCACUCUGUGUGUGAGCAGUGCUUGCAGAUUCUCUACGAGUCUUGCCCCAAGUACAAGUUCAUCUCCUGUCCCACCUGCCGCCGCGAGACUGUGCUUUUCACUGACUACGGCCUGGCUGCACUGGCUGUCAACACCUCCAUCUUGAGCCGCCUACCGCCCGAGGCACUGACCGCCCCGUCUGGUGGCCAGUGGGGGGGUGAGCCGGAGGGCAGCUGCUACCAGACCUUCCGGCAGUACUGUGGGGCCGCGUGCACCUGCCACGUGAGGAACCCGCUGUCUGCCUGCUCCAUCAUGUAGCGCCCACCCGCCCGCCACCGCCGCCCACCGGUCCUUGCUCGCCGCUUCUUCAGGGAUCCGGCCCUGCGCUGUCGCCCGCUGACCCCUUGCCCACCACAGCUUCUGGUCCCCACCCGCGUGGCAUUGUCGCCGCAGCCAGUCAUUGCCAUUAAAACUCUUUG